AUGAAUGCCCAACCUAGGUCGGGCCUGGCCCUGGCAGCCCGCUAUGCUGUGCCCUUCGGCCUCCUCCUGAUCCCCAUCUGGAUGACCCAAGUGAACAACGUCGUCCCCGAGCCGUACCUCGACGAAGCAUUCCACAUCCCGCAAGCCCAGGCAUACUGGGCACACAAGUGGACGCAAUGGGAUCCGAAGAUCACGACUCCGCCGGGCCUCUAUAUCUUCUCCUACGUCGUCUGCGCCCUGAUUCUGCUCCUCCGCGGCUCCCCCGAGCAACUUGACCCCCCGGCUCUCCGCGCAACGAACGCCGCCGCAGCGGCUGUGCUGCUUCCUUUGAGACUGCAAACUGCGCUUGAUGCGGUGCGCAGACAGCGGAAUACUCGUCCUUCUGGAGCUUGGCUGAGCCAUACGGUGCUGAACAUCUGUCUUUUCCCGCCGCUGUUCUUCUUAUCCGGACUGUACUACACUGAUGUCCUGGCGCUGCUGGUGGUUGUCGAGGCGUAUAAUUGGGAUCUCAGCCGCACGCUUCCGAAAGCGGCGCCGCUGGAAACUGCUGUGUUUUUGGUUCUUGGGGUCGUGGCACUGGCUUUUAGGCAGACUAACAUCUUCUGGGUGUCGGUUUUCUUCGGAGGCUUGCAGGUUGUUAGGAGGAUUCGCAGGGUCACGAAGAAUUGCGAGUCGAGCAAUGUGGCUGAUAUUGUGGCUGCCGGGUCGAAGUAUGAGCUGUAUGAUCCUGUGGUUUUGGAUGCUUCGUUGGCCGACUACUUCAAGACCGCCGUCUCACUGUGCUCUGUUGCUUUGAACAACUUGGGAGCUGUAUUUUAUGCAUUGAUGCCGUACCUGCUCAUCCUGGCUGCGUUUGGAGGAUUCGUUCUCUGGAAUGGCAGCGUUGUUCUCGGGCACAAGGAGUAUCACACAGCCAGUCUGCACCUAGCCCAGAUGCUGUAUAUCUGGCCGUACUUCCUCUUCUUCUCGUGGCCUCUUCUUCUAGCUCCCAUGGCCAACAUCAUUCUGCCGAAGUUCAUGCUCCCGAAAUUCCUCAACCAAGGUCUCUCGGCCUCCCGCAGGAAGCUGCCAAAGCUCCUGACUGUGUUCAUCGUUCUCCCAAUGAUGUUGGCAGUGGUUCAUUACAACACCAUUGUACAUCCGUUUACACUGGCUGAUAACCGUCAUUACGUCUUCUAUGUCUUCCGCAUCCUGCUGGGUUCACAUCCCUACACACGAUAUGCCGCUACUAUUGUCUACUUCCUCGGCGCAUGGAUGAUCAUUUCCGCCAUGGGCUUUUCACCCGUCACGGCUGCUCCCGGACUGGCCUCGGUCGUCAAAGCCCAACCUACAGCGCCAUCGUCAUCGGCAGAGAACCCAACCGAGAAGGCGGAAAAGAAACCGGAGCGCAAGCAAAAAGGAUCGAAGAAGCCAACACCAGCAGCCUCGUCCGCUCCCGCCCCUAUCGACCCUAAGGUCCUUGCCGACCUUCAAGAGCACAUCAGACGGCGUCAACGGCUCGAACACGAGACCUCCCGCGUCAGCUUUGUCCUUGUAUGGCUGGCUGCCACAGCUCUGUCACUCAUUACCGCCCCCCUUGUCGAACCGCGAUACCUCAUUAUCCCCUGGGUGAUGUGGCGACUUCAUCUGCCAGCGUCUCCGACGCCUGUAGUUUACCGCCGGGCCAGCGACGAGAAGGAUCUUGAGGCGCGGCUUGCAAUCAAUUUCCCUUUGUUCCUGGAGACCGCGUGGUUUCUGCUUGUUAAUGUGGUUACCGGGGCGCUGUUCCUUCGGGGCGGGUUUGAGUGGCCGCAGGAGCCGGGGAAGAUCCAGCGCUUCCUGUGGUGA